AUGGCUGCGCCCGUGAAUUUCCACGGAUACAACUUGAGAGCCAGAGUAAUUUUUAGGUUAUUUCAGUUCUCUAAGAAGGUAUUUUUGAUUUUCUUAUAUUUGCAUCAUAUGAAAUUUUGGUAAAUUGUGUACUUUAACAUUAAUUAUUUUUUUCUUUGAUGAGGCAUACCUCGAAAAUGUGUCUUAUUGAGGUUAUUUGUCCAAAAAAUAGGUAACUAGGACAGUAGGACUAGUCCUAGGUCUAGGUUAAUUUAAUGCCAUGGCCAUGGUCAUGGGGUUAAUCGUACUAAAGUACUUUAGGCCCAUAGCUAUACAUAACUAGAAAUACUAACAAAUAUCAGUUUUGUUAACUGUAAUCCCCCUGUAAUCAGCACUACUCAUUUCCCCAUUGCUUUUGCCUUUCAAUGCCUUUGCACUACCUUUUUUUUUUUAUAUCAGAAAAUAAGAUAGACAUGAUAGACCAACGCCAACAUGCAAACAUAUCUCAUAUUAGUAGAUGUUGUAGAUAAGAAUUAAUAUUAAGUUUUAUUUUUUACCUAAACUUCAAUAGCUUUUUUUUGUGUAGACUAUUGCUUGAAAUUUAAAGAAGAAAAAAAUUACAAACCAAAUUUUUUUUUUUAAGGCGAAAAUAAAUGAAAAUUCUAUGGAAAAUGAAGAAUUCACUAUUGUAAAAUACAAAAAUACAGAUACAAAAUACCAAAAACACUUUUUAAUAAGUGUUAAGAAUAUUAUUUUGUUACUUUUAAAAUGCUUAAAGUAAAAGAAAUUCCAAUGUCAUGUAAAUGUAAUGCUUUUGCAUGUUAAUUGAUGUACAUAGCAUAUGUAAUAGGAGAAAAUAUGAUUAAAAGUUAAUAGGCAACACAUUGCUAUGACUUAUUCUAAAUGCUGCAAUGAUUUUGAGGUUCAAAGUUAAACUUUUUUGGCUCACUUCUAUGGGUAAUGGUUUAAGCCUUGAAUGUCUUUUUAUAUUUUAAGAUAAUAAAAUGCUUUUCAUGUAAGGUAGGUACCCCAAUACUGGAUUACGGCACUGUAAGGGAUUGAUGGUAUGUAGAUGUUAUGUAAUUUAUGUACAAUCUUAAAACAUACUUAUGUCUAACACAUGUAUUUGUUACUAAUUUAAUUAUUCAUCUUUGCGUAUUGCCCCAGAAUUUUAAUCUAAGUCUACACCGGUGCAGUCACAAGCGAGCAGUUGCCUCAACUAUGAAGUUCUAUGACCGAGACAUGUACUGGAAUGACAAGUGUUUGCCCGAUGAAGCGGUAUGCAGAACCCAUUUAAAUUCUUUUUGCUAAAUAAGGAUCUGCCAUAAAAAAUAGUCUUAAAGACAAGCUAAAAAAAUGUCAAUUUAAAAUUCGCUGAACCAUAAAAUUGUAUCUUUCCUUGAACAAGUUUUUUGUCUUUUUUGGGUACUUGUCGCGUGAAGGAAAAAAAAAAUUAUGUUUAACCGUUUACAAGCCUUCCAUAUAUCACAGUUUAGGAGAGCGCUGCUUAACUCUUUCUCUCCGUAUCAACGCUUCCAUCGUCUAUUUGAAAUUAAGAUUUUGGCGUAUCGAUUGUCAAUGUAUAAAAACCUGUUUCUAUCCUAAGCAAUUGGUUUUUAAUCAUUUUAAAUCAAUUCUAGAAUGAUUUCCAUUGGAAAACAUUCGGUUUUUCUUUAUUUGAACAAGUUUUUACAUAGAACGAAGUGUUUGAAGCUGUUUUGAUUUUCCAUUUUAUUUUUGUUUUCAAACAUAAAAUCUUGACCUGACCCAUCUGGUAAUUGAUCUAAUAAAGGUUGAAAAUAUUACUCUGCUGAUGAUUUUAUGAUUUCAGAUGCAAAGGCUGAUUCUGAUGAAUCAUAUAAUUAUAAUCCUAGUAAUAGUAUUAAUAGUUCUAGUGACGAAAUAAUGAAACUGGUAAUUCAUCAGGUGAUGUACAACCAGCCCCACCCCCAGCUAAAGUGCACAUCCAUAUGGAUUGUUUUUUAGGCUUACCAUAGCUAAAACCAGAUGAAAAGGUAUAACAUAUUUAUGGUAAAUUUUCCAUUUACCAUAAUCAAUGUUAGUACAUACAAGGAUACAGUGCAAAAAUUUUCUAAUAGCAACAGAUUGUUUCCAGUGGAAAUAGUUUUUUUUUUAAAAUUCAGAAAUUUUUGUGUGGCGGUGACAAUGGAUAAUGCUCCGUUUUUUUAAUUUUUUAUUUUUUUUAAGUUGAUCUUUAUUAUUAGUGAUGCACAUACGAAUAUAGUUCAGAAAAAAACAUUUUUUUUACACUUUGGAUUAUAUAUUUCUCUUUGUGUGGCAUGGAAUGAGCGUUUUGUGAACAAUGGUGAAUUUUCUAUUUAAAAUGUUUAUUUUCCUUAAAUCAUAAUCACAUUUCUAUGUUAAAAUUUAAAUCCAAGUCUGGUUUGCUUGUAAAGGGCAUACAUUACCAUUUAAUUCCAUACCAAACUUACCAUUUUCUGAUGAAAAACAAAAAAGUUAUGAUGGUUUAGAGAUAGCAUAGUAGUGCCUAACAAAUAUGCAAAAAUAGAUAAUUCGUCAGAACACUGAAAUUAUUUCUGGAGAGAAAGAGUUAAGUCAAUUUAACACAUAAUUUUUUUAUUUAAGAAAUUGAAACCCUAGCUAUUAUUCAUUGCUUUGUGCCUUCAAAACAACAGAAAUCACCAUUCACAAAGUUGUCCAUAUUCAAUACAACAAACCGUCAUUCACAAAGUUGUCCCCAUUCAAAACAAACAAACCACAUGAAACUGUUCAAACAUCACUAGUGAUAAACUUAAUUUGCUGGAACAUCUUAAUGAAUGUUUGUUGGCUUUUAAUGAACUAUACAGAAUAUAUUCUAACAAACCAGCAUUACUUUAUAUUUAUUUUGUAGACUAUUUAUAUUUGUUAUUUUUACAGAAAUUUGAAAAAGUCUUGAUUGCAAAUCGUGGAGAGAUUGCAUGUCGUAUAAUGAACACUUGUAAACGUCUGGGAAUUAAAACUGUGGCGGUACAUAGUGAAGCAGAUUCAUUAGCUGUAAGUACAGUUCUUUAUAUUAUAAUACAAAAUCAGGCAAAACUGCAGUGGAUAUCUACUAAUAGAAUAUUGUGGUUAAAGCUCUUUUUUUCAAAUCAGAAAUAUGAAAGUUAUGGAGGUAUAUUACAUCAUAAUCUCUGUUUACUGUUUAUAAAUAUUGUAAUCCACUAGAUGUUUUUGAGUUCUUAAAGAAGUGACUAUUCUAGCCUAAAAGGUCAGUGUUGUUUGACCUAUCAAAAUAUCAAAUCACCAAUAGGUCCAUACUCGGAUGGCAGAUGAAGCCAUCUGUAUUGGACCGGCUCCAACUAGUGAAAGUUACCUGAGGAUGGACAAAAUCUUGAGAGCCGUGCAGGAAACAGGAGCUCAGGCUGUGAGUGCUUUCUAAAAUUUGUAAAAACCUUUUCUGCGUUCCAAGUUUCUUCCAUAACAAGAUUUGUGUUUAUUUAAGCAUGCGACCUGGGGGGUAGUAGAUAUUUUAGUGUUCAUAACAAUGGGGAUUGACAAUGGAAGCAUCAAGGAAAGAAGAUUUUACGCUUUAAUAAUAAUUGUAACUAGCUUAAUUGAAUUACUAUGAAAUUUAACGUGGACAAAUUUUGAUGUUUUGCCAGGUACACCCUGGGUAUGGUUUUUUAUCAGAAAAUACAGUUUUUGCAGCUCGAUUAGUAAGUUAUUUUUGUUUGAUCUGUGUGUAAAUAUUGAAUUGUUUUGUGUGUAAAUAUUUAAUUCUUUUUUGUGUAAAUAUUUAAUUCUUUUGUGUGUAAAUACCAAAUAGUUAUGUUAUUUAUGGAGUUUUAAGUCUAUUCAAGUUAUUUAUGAUCAAGUUGACUUUUGAAGUUAUUUUAGUUAGACAAUCAGAUGUGUCAUAGUGAAUGGGUUGACGGAUGUGCCAUUGUGUAUGGUCAGGCAGUAAGAUUGCCAUUGUGUAUGGGUACAUGUAUGAGCAAGCAUCACCUUCUAUUAUUGAAUGAUCACCAAUGUUUUUAAAUGAAUUAUACGAUAUUCUUUAGUUCAGGUCCAAUUCUGGAGUACUUUUGUUUUAUUUUAGAAAGAGAUUGGAGUUUCUUUUGUUGGACCCAACAGCGAGGCCAUCCAUGCCAUGGGAGAUAAGAUUGAAAGCAAACGUAUAGCAGCGAAGGCGGGGGUCAACAUGAUUCCUGGCUAUGAUGGGGCAAUAAGAGACGCUGACCACUGUGUGGAACUGGCCAAUUCUAUUGGUACAUGACUUUUUUUUUUUUAGAUCCACUCUUUUAAAACAGCAAUAUUACCUAUUUUGUCUUAGACAAAUAAAAUUCUGAGUGUACACCAAUUUCUUAAUUUUCCACUGAGACCAAAGAUUCUCACACUUUGGGUAGUCAACAACAAGACCGUUUCUGGGGGGGUCUCAAGAUUUUUUUGGAGAUGAAUUUUAAAUCAUGGGCAACAAUAUUACAUUGAACUGUAAGGAAACAUAGUUUAAGGGAGUGCACUGUUAAAGUUUUAUCACAAGGGGGUCACAAGUCUACUAAAGUUUGAGAACGACUGCUUAGGGCUACCGACUGAAUGUUUUAAGUUUGAGAAGCACUGCUGCAUAUCACUGUUGUGAUUUGUAUGAGCAAUACAAAAAUUUGGUUGCUACGAACGAUCUCCUCUGUUGCAGGGUACCCUGUGAUGAUCAAGGCCUCUGCGGGUGGAGGUGGGAAGGGCAUGAGAAUAGCCCAUAGUGAUGAGGAAGCCAGGUCAGAAAUGCAGAUUUGUUUUCAUGUCUAUUAGUGUUAUUGUUGUUGUGUUCAAACCCCAUUUUUAACUUUUAACAUUCAACUGUAUGAAAUAAAGGCUUAAUUUAAAAAAAAAUUUAAAUAAUCUCUCCCCUGGGAGUCUAUAAAUAUAAGUGGCAAAAGUUUGAGUAUUGGUAUGUAAUAAAAACAAAUAUCAAUAAAUCAUGUCUUCUUUCUUGUAGGUCAGCUUUUCGUUUGUCCCAACAGGAAGCUAAAUCCAGCUUUGGAGAUGACAGAAUGCUGAUUGAAAAAUAUAUAGAACAUCCUCGACAUAUUGAGAUACAGGUGAUUUAA